UUCUUAUACAGAAUAUAUUUAAUUGUUUUUUUUUUUCUAAUAAUUUUCAUUAUUUGUUAUAAUUUCAUUUUAGUUCUGUUAAGCCAAUGACAGAUGAUACGAUUUUUUCUAUUGGGUUGCUUGCUAUCUAAUGAAUUGCUAAGAAUGUACCAAACAACUCGUAGAAUUUUUAGUAAUUUAUUAGAUAACAAUCAAUUCAGGAAUGUGUUUAAAUUCUUGCUCGAGUGUCCUAGAUAUUAUUUUAUCCUUGUCUAAUAUUUAGUAAACAAUAAGAAUAAAAUGACACCUGUGGGACAUUUGGGAAAGGGGAGAGGAGAGUUAUGAAUGUAUCACAGCAAAAAAAUCGCAUCGUGUGCCGUAGGCUUUCCUUCUAUUUCUAUGUUGUUUUAAAUACGUAGCAUUUGCGUUUGCAUGUUUUUAAAUUGGAGUAUUUUUUAAAUUUGCAAUGUAGCUAUUUACAUCAUGACCGUAAAAAGUUGGUCAAUAUGAUUUUUUUAAUUUUACGCGCGUUUUUUGGUUACCGUAUGCGCCCACGACGCGCGCAUGCGUCAUAUUUGCGGAAAGUGCGCGCCGCGUCGCGUUGUAAGAAGUUGAACUCCGAUAUCGUUCCGCAUUUUUCGUGUAUGUCUGGCUAGUUAGAAGUGAUUCUUGCCUGCAAAAACGUACAGAAAACAUAGGACGAGUAUCGAACAGUUAUGCGAAACACGAUUAAAAGCGACACGAGUUCACAUCAUGCAUCGUAUCCAACACGACGGAUGUUGGCACGAACGCCAGAUACUUCACUUUCGACACUCCACAGUACUCUCGAAACGCUCGCUUCGUCAAAAAUUUGAUAUUCCUCGGUGUGAGAAUCGAGAGGAAGCCAAUAUCGUCGCCGAAUUAUUAUAAAAUAAACGAACCGCAGCCGGUUCGUCGCGUCGCGCGUUUGUUUCGGGAGUGCCGUUUAAAGUAACUGGGCUAAUGGAUUUGAUUAGUCCACGGGCGUUUAAUAUUUUAUUCGCGAGUGUUCCGCGAGUGCAACGGAAGGAGACUCGACAACCUGGAUCUGAGAGGAGGAGGAGGCCUAGGAGGCAUCGUGCGUCGGCGCAUCAACCUUUCGAGAACUUAUACUGCUGGACUGUAGGAAGCCAGCUGGUGAUGGAUCCGAUGCUGGUUUGCAAAAAAACGAGACGAUUGAAAGGGAAACUAGCUGACAUUUGUCGUAAGGAACCAUCUCUGCUGAAAGAAAUCGCGAAGGGUGUUCAAGUGGGCACUAGAGAAUGUCAGUACCAAUUCCGAAAUCGAAGGUGGAACUGCACGACCGUCAGGAGAUCUCUCAAGAAGAUUCUGCUCCGCGAUACGCGGGAGACGGGUUUCGUGAACGCCAUCACCGCCGCUGGAGUUACUUAUGCGGUUACCAGAGCCUGCACUAUGGGUGACCUCGUGGAAUGCUCCUGCGAUAAGAUGACGUCGAAGGGUAACCGUCUGGCUAAAUUUGCGCGUACGGUCGAAGCGAAGAAAAGUUUGCCGACGGAAGGAGACUGGGAAUGGGGAGGAUGCGGCGAUAACGUGAACUUUGGAUUUAAAAAAUCUCGAGAAUUCAUGGACGCGCCGUAUCGUAAAAGAAGUGACAUAAAAACGCUGGUAAAGCUUCAUAAUAACGACGCUGGUCGUCUGGCCGUACGCAACUUUAUGAGGACCGAAUGUAAGUGCCACGGGCUCUCUGGCUCCUGCACGGUGCGCACUUGUUGGCGCAAGAUGCCGCCGUUUCGGGAGGUCGGCAAUCGAUUGAAGGAGUCCUUUGACGGCGCGGCCAAAGUCAUUCCCAGCAACGACGGCCACAGUUUCAUCACUGAGGGCCCCACGAUCAAGCCGCCCGGUAGAUUCGACCUGAUCUACAGCGAGGACUCGCCGGACUUCUGCAAGCUGAACCGGAAGACCGGUUCCUUGGGGACGACGGGGCGUCAGUGUAACGCGACUAGUCCUGGGGUCGAGGGCUGUGAGCUCCUCUGCUGCGGUAGAGGCUACGACACCAGAAUCGUCAAGGAGAAGGUCAAUUGUCAGUGUAGGUUCCGGUGGUGUUGCGAAGUCACGUGCAACACGUGUCUCGUUAAGAAGACCAUCAACACUUGCCGCUAGUGUCGGCGUAAGUGUAAAAACUUGUACCGAUAUAUGACAGUUUCGAGAAUCGAGUUGGUGCGAUAGCUUGUCCCGCAUGUGUCAGCGGAUUAGGUUGAAGAGACAAUGUCGUGAAUGAUUUAUAUUCUUUACGCGAGUCUCAUGUGUGCCAUAACAAUAGACCAGAAGAAUUUUAAUUCAAGAGUUUCGUAGAGUUUUGAAGAGAGUCUCGCAGGGAGUUGCAGUGCAAAAGUGCGUUUUUAUUUAACGAUGACAGAAAUAUUAGGUAAUCGAGGCUUUUCCUCGUCUAUUUUUCACUAAUUAUUGUCGAAAAGCAUUAACGAUUAGUUUAUAUUAGUAUGCCGUACAGUUUUUCAGUGUCGAUGUUUAGUGCGAUGAAAACUUUUCGACCCUUAUUGUUGCCAUCACUAUCAACGGACGAUUGACUUAAUCGUCCCUUUCUGUCGAUACGAUCGUGAUAAUGUUUUAUUACGUAAUAGCAUUUGUAAUAUAUCAAUUUCUAGAAAAUAGGGUAUUGAUUCUGAAUAUUUAUUGACGAAUAUUCAAUAUUGAUGAUAUGUGAUUUAUCGUGACUAUACAGGUCUGAAUUAAAUUUAGGUUAGCAGGAAAGACGUAGGUAAGAUUUCUCAAGAGGUUUAUCGUUCGUGAUGUGUAAAUGCGAGAAGCGAGAUUGAGGACGUCAGUAGUGCAUGCGUGAGCCAAGUCAGACGCGAAUCGCGAAAUGGUUAGAUUUCUCGCAUUUCGCGAAAUAUCUUUGACUAUGUACUUAUGAAUUGCUGGUGGCUACAAAGCUGGAUACUUUGGAUACAGAAGCGUAUUUUGAUAGAAUUUAGUAAGUAUCAACGCUGGCAAUAUAUAAUCGAAGAUUUUUCUAGGUUCUUGUUUUCGUCUUUUAGACCUUUAUUAUGCGUGAUAUGAGAUUGCUACUUUUUUUAAGUUGAUAGUAGAAUAAUACAAAUAAUAGUUUACAGUAAUAUUAUAUAGAAAUUAUUGUUUAUAAUUUUAGAUGAAUAAAACAUCGACUAAAUUAUCUUGAUAAUAAGUAUUGUUAAGAAAAGUAAUGAUAUAAAUUUGUUGAAUUAAUAAUAUAAAUUCCCAAACGAUGUCUAAAAUCGGGGCGUCUUAAAGAUGUCUUUAGACGUCGUAUUUAAAAGAUGUCUUUAUGAGGCUCUUAACUACUCAUUGCAGCCAUCUUGGAUUAUGAAAAAACAAGAUAAUACGUAAAAAGAAUCUUGCAAAAAUGCAUUGAAAUGUGAAUACUUUUCAAUAAAACAAAAUUUGCAAUUGAUAAAAUAGAUUUGUAGAAUAUACCGAAAACUUCGUUUGUGUUCCGAUAAUCAAUAAAUAAUUGAAUCUUUGGAAUUGAAUUGUACAUAAUCAGAAAACGAAACAAGCUAUGUCAAUGCGACAGCUGAGCUUAUUCUCGCGAUGUGAUUUUUAGAAAUAAGAGAUUAGCGAUAAAUUGCUAAACACGUUAUAUUAAUUUCUGAUUUUCUGUUAUUCAAUUUCUGUAAAUUUUAAUUUUCGUUUUAUUAUUCACGUUUUAUGAUUUAUACUUUAUUAUUAUUUUUUUUAUUUUACCCAAUGUCAUAACUAUCGUUGUUACAGUUUAUUUAUUUAUUUAUUUUAACCUUCUAACUAUGUAAUUUUUAUUCUUAUUUUUAAAAAGAAUUAACAAUUUUAAAUCUUUGAUUUUCACAAUUUUAUAAAUACCUGUAGUGAGUCAAGAAGUUUAAAACAUCUUGGGUCCUGAUUUUAAACAUACGUGUUGUUUGGGUCUGUUUGCCAUACAAUUUCGGAUAUCUUUUGAUAAAAAACGUAUCACUCUGACAAAGCUCGGUGGACUUUCUGCUAUGCAGAAUCGGCUCCACAUAUAGUUGUUAUUAGCAUCGCCAACGCUGUGCGAGGCGAUCAUGCUUCGGGCUUUCCACGUAUCUCCAGUGCUCGUAAUAUAUAUUAAGAUAUACAUAAGGUACCGUAAUGAAUUUACGUAAAGCACAUCCGUCAAACUAUCGUAACGCAUCGGUAUUCAUAUAGCAAUGCGAGUGAAUCGUUUUUCUGCUUGAAUCACCGCGACUUUAAACAAAGUCCCAUGCAAUGGAUUUGAUGCUAAGUGCAUCGGAAAUAAUGCAACGUUACGAUAUUGAAUUUUUAUACAAACUCUUUUGUUGAUUGUAUCCGAGAAAGAACUUGGGACUUCGCUUUCGUUUAUGCAUAUCCAAUUACAUUGCUUUCCCCUUGCGUGACAUAAGCUUUGUGCCAUACGUUACGAUUCGACCCAUCAAUGUCUGCUGUGCGUCUAUCGACAGCAAUCGGGAGCAACGAGAUACAGGCAUUCUCUCGUUUUUCGGAUAACCGCUCGUUUCUUGAGCUAUACCUUGUUACACUUAGGACUUAUGUUUUUUCUCGUUUGUGUAUAUAAGACUGAUCUAUUAGGAUUUGUAUCUGCACGUAAUAGUUAGGUACGAAUAAAAUUAUACUCACGGACGAAUCUCGUUUGUUAUUAUUAAGGUUUAUCAGUUUAUCCGCAGUGACGAUUUAUCAUAGGACGAAAAUAUAUAGAAGGAAAAAAUAUAUAAAGAAUUGUAUUUCAAA